AUGGUCAUACAAUCCAUAUGCAAUCCCAGGAGCUCACUGAAAGCGACUAAGGAUGCCAAAGAAUGGGAAGAAAUUAGGUGCCCCAUUUGCAUGGAACAUCCCCACAAGGCUGUUCUCUUACGAUGUUCUUUUGGUAAAGGUUGCUGGCCAUACAUGUGCAAUACUAGCUAUCGCCACUCAAAUUGCCUCGACCAAUUCUGCAAGUUUUCUGUGUCAUCUCCAUCCACAGAAAUGUUGCAAGAAAUUCCUUCUGUCUCCAAUAGAACAAGGGAAGAAUUGCAACUGCUCGGGCAAAGUGGGCAUUAUGAGAGUGAGCUGCAUCCUAAGCUUUGUUGCCCUCUUUGUCGAGGAGAAAUGAUGCGAACCUCACGAUCACAUGGUCAUACAAUCCCAAAGACAUCAAUUCCUAGAAAGCCAAGUAAAUCAGUUUAUGGAUCGGCUGUAGUGAAGCCUGCACGAGAAUUCAUGAAUUCCAAGCUACGGAGUUGUUCUCUGGAGACUUGUGAUUUUAUUGGGAAUUAUUCAGAACUUAGAAAGCACACGAGGUCUGACCGUCCUUUUAUUCAGCCAUCUAAGGUGGACCCCCAACGGCAACAUGACUGGACCAACUUUGAGUAUGAAAGAGAUGUUGAGGACAUGGCUGCUAUGCUCGCCUUAACAAGAGAGGAACAAGAAGAGCUUCUUAGAGAUUUUGAUGACUUGCCUGCUAUGAUCAGCCCAUAUAGCAUAGAUGAAGAUGAGGAGAACGAAGACAGAUAUUCAGGAGAUCCUUACCAGGUUGUGAAUUCUUCAAACCCGUUUGACUAUCCUGUUGUAAUCAUGAACAUUCAGUUCACGAAUCAAUUGUCAAGGAGCAUGUUAUCGUUAGACUAUAUAUGAUAUGGAAGCUAGCAAUACCAGUAGGCAGACCAGCAAUUUCAUACGGAACAACAGGAACAUGUUGCCAGCAGGCUAUGAAAUGGGGACUAGUCAUGACAAUAGACGAACCUACAAGUUUAGGCGGAACAACAGUUCUAGGAGUAAUAUUCCAGAGAGGAUGCGGCAUGGUCGAAACAGCCAUAGACAGAAUGAUAGUUUUAGCAGAAAUCAUAAUGUUCGUGGGAACAACCAUUUUAGGAAAAAUCGCAUGGAAAGAAUAUGGCUUAGGCGCAGACCUUCAGAGAGGAUGCCCUGAACUCCAGACAAGAUAUCAUAGUCCGUUGGAGAGAGAGCAGUACUGUAGGCUGAAUGAAUGAUAACUUUUAACGUAGCCUCAUGAAGCCACAACUGUCGAGACAGCCAGCAUGCAGUGAAGAAUAAGUACCGGGUGUCGAUUUAUUUCAUUGUCUUUCAGAUGUCUUUUGUUUUGAAAAUAGAACAAAUUCUGUAGUUGUUUCAAUUUAUCCUCUCUGUUGUGAAGCAUUCAGCAUUUGAAUGUAGAUAUGAAAAAAGGAAUGCCAGCGACCAUCACUUUGAC